UCAAUUUUUUUUUGAAAUUCGUUCAGUUUAUUCUAAAUUGAAAUUUUAUGGUAUAAAAAUGAGAUGGUUCAUAAACUAUAAGCCAUGUCUAUUAAUCAUUUUAAUAUUCAAUUCAGUUAUUCUACUUUUUAUUUUGAUAAGGAAGAGUAGUCAACCAUUUUCAAAUAUUUUAACGGAUCCAUCAGGAACAUCACGAGAAAAACUUCCAGUUUCUCAUGCUUUUAUAAAUUCUGUAUACUAUUAUCCAACUUCGAAGUCUCUCGGUGAGAAUGCACUAGCUUUUACGAUGGCCAUUGAUCAGCACAGUUAUAGUAUGAAAAAUCACACGUUUACGGUUCUUGGAUACAAUUCGACAGAUUCUGUGGAAUCAAUUGCAACAUCACAAACAGAGGGUAUUUCAAGAUGUCGAUAUGUCACAAUGAUGGCAAGAACUAAUACAGUUGAGAACUUGGAAAAACUGAAAAUUGAAUCACAAGGAGUAUCGGUUGAGGUACCUUUUAGAAUUGCUCGAUACAGUGCACCAAAGCCUGUUAUUAUAUGCAUUUCUCCACAAUUUGCUGCCGAACAGUGGCAAAUGUUUGUAAUGCAUGUUCAUGCAGCUAAUAGAUUUGGCGGGCAUCUUCACAUUUAUCUCACUUCAAUCAUUGAAUCUUAUUUUCAAUUAAUGCAAGAAUAUGAACGACAGGGUUACAUAACUCUAGACUAUUGGCUUCGAAUGAAAUUUUCGAACACUAAGACACCAUACUAUGAGCCGAACGAAAAUGUUGAAUGGAGGCAUCAGGCGGGAGCGCAAACUGAUUGUCUUCUUCAAUACAAGGAAGCAGCUGAAUACAUUGCAUUCUUUGAUAUGGACGAUAUCCUGUUCCCCAAAAAUUAUCCAACUUAUUUAGAAGAGUUCAAUUCAGUUCUGGCAGCAAAUCCUGGAAAGAACUAUUUAUUUUAUGGAAGGAGGGAGCAUGAGUUUGUCAAAGCAUCAACCCUUACCGAGUUCAGCUUCACAGAACUUGUACAAAGUCUUCGUUCUUCUCAAACUGUGAAACGUGGUAAAGUCGUUGUGAGACCCGAAGCAUAUAAUUCAACGUGGAUUCACAAUAGCAAACAUGUCAGUUUUGAAACGAGUGUACAAGUGAAAAGUCCAACAUUAGUACAUGUUCAACUUCCAGUUGAUAAAAAUGGGAAAAGGAAUGAUUCAAGGGAUUUGUGGAAAAUAAAGUUUGGACCAUUAAAUGAGACAAUUCGAGAAGAUGAUAUUAGAGCAAUUGAGGAUGAUAUAAACAGAAUAAAAAAUUUGGCAGUUAUCUCUUCAAUAGGUCCCUUCCUUCCAAGCUCAGAUUUCUACUUGCCAAUCGUUUUUAAAUGUUAUUUUGAUUCUUUUUACAAGGACACAUUUGUGACGAAAAUUGGUGUUAGAAGAUGCCCAAAUGCAGAUAUUUGUGAUCUACCACAACGAGAAGAUUAUAAAUGUAUUCAUUCGGAUGCUCAAUACUAUUCUGGACCCGAUAUGCAACCAGUUACAUAUCAUUUUACAACCGAUUCGUUCUGGUCGAAAGACAUCGGGUGUUAUCAGUGAAUUUCGUGUUUUUGAAGAUUUUGAAUAACUGCUGGAAGCUUGACAUCUCGAGUCGCGACAGAUGCACCUUUCCCUCUUCAACACUAGGUGCAAAUCGACUGAUUUGUGUGCAGUUUGUCGUCCGGGUGUCUUCAUGCCAUUAAUUUUUUUUCCAUUUUUUAUUGUGUCUUUUCUAAUUUCAUGUACACUGCUUAUUUUUCAUCGUCUGUUAGUAAGUAUGAAGCACCUCUGAUUCCGGGAAAAAAUUGAAAAAAA